AUGUCGGUAACCUGUUGUCAGUUCAAAAGCGUUCUUGCUUGUGAGGCUUGGGUAAAGCAUAUAAAUGCGGUAUUGGAAUCACCCAAGAACUUUUCACAAACGUUUGCUUUUCGCUUCCAAGACGUGCUUAAGCGUCGCGAUGUGAACCACCCGUUUCUGAUCCCAGUAAAGGAAACCCUCGAUCUUGGUGGACUGGACGUCAAAGGUCGCCCUGUCAUGGUUCAUUGCACCGAUGGUUGGGAUAGGACACCCCAACUGACCUCCCUUGCUCAAAUACUUCUCGACCCUUACUAUCGAACAAUACAAGGCUUUCGUAUUCUUGUUGAACGGGAAUGGCUACAAUUUGGUCACAAAUUUGCUGACCGAUGCGGACAUAGUUUACGUACCUGCAGCCCCGAGGAACAGAGUCCUAUUUUUCUCCAGUGGCUCGACUGCGUCCGCCAGGUUCAACGACAGUUCCCCAGUUACUUCGAGUUUAAUGAAUUUUUCCUGAUUAAAAUGGCCAUCCACACGUACUCGGGUUUGUUCGGCACUUUCUUGUACAACUCAGAACUCGAACGUCAAGCAGCUCACUGUGCCUCACAGACGUGCUCAAUUUGGGCCUUUUUGAAUCCAAAGCACAACUGGUCUAUCUACAAUUACCUGUACGAAGAAAAACUAGAGGUUUGUUUUUCAUUCCAAUUUCUCAAGGCAUUGACGCAAGUCAAACAGUUUACAAACACUAGUCAUGCUCGUUAUGGCCCCGGUCAUUUCUGUGGAGUGACACUAAUGCAUCCAGUGCGGCUGUUACUCACAAACCACAAAUUUUUGAUUAAGGUAAUAAAUCCUGCCUGGCAUGUACGAAGUCUAGAGUUAUGGGACUCGCUAUACGUGAAUGCGCUGUUGCCGUCCAAUACGACUCCACCUCUGAGUCAGCCUCCGGCCUUAACUACUCCAUUCCGGCGCAGCAGUGACACCCCUGUACCCCUCCAAAUCUCCACGUCUUGUUUCAACGCUGCAUCAAGUCUCGGGGUUCUCUCAAGUGGUCCCCCAACUACCUCCAUCGCUUCCACACUCUCCUCUGUAGCUGCAGGCACAAAUGCGUCCAGUCUUGAUGAAACUAGCGUCCCGCUGCGUUCCCAGUCAAUGUGCAGCAUCAAUUUGGCCUCUGCGACUGUCCCCUCAGCCCCAUCCCCGUUGCCCGAACUGACAAUUAAGCCCGUACCGCCCUUACGAGGUGCCUCUUUGGAGCUGGUCUAUAAUGAUCAGACCCAAGCUUCACGGGUCGCGCAGUGCUCUUUGUCCCCUGUUUAUUCCAAAUUAUCUAAAGAAGACGAGAAAGCGCGGGUUGCUGCUGUGGAUGCUGAUGAUAGUGCCUUAAAAUGCUCUUUAUCUGAUCAGGCACUUUCGAUGAAUGUAGCCGAUGAUUCGCCUUUGCCGGGACAAGUGAGGAGUUCCAGCGCCCCGUUCUCUAGUUUAGAACGAAAAAAAAGUACGAGAGGAUUCAGAUUGUCGAGCCUCGGUGACAAUGAAACUAUUGUUGUAAAUGAUGCGCCUCUUGAUGAAAUUCGUGAUGCGGGUGAUGCUGAGGGACUUGAUUCUGUUACCGUAACGACGGCUGCUGAGGCCGCACUUGACCGAAUAGCAGUCAGCAAAUCAUUUAUUCAAACUCAGACUGUUUUACCGUCUUCGUUUUCCCCGACGGCCUGGUCCAGUGGAUACUUUAAUCCCCCCGUGUUCAGCACCACAUAUCGUAAGCUGACAGAUGAGUCAGUUUCCUUGGGUGAGAAUGGUGAAACUGUCGAUAAAUCCUCGGUACCAUCUAGCUCCAACCACGCUUACGAAGGCUCUGUGAGCAAGGUUGUCUCAGAUAAUCUGUUUAAUCAGAACCAGUCUCGUACGGGCAACGAUCUCCAGCACGGCCACAGUACCAGUAAUAACAUAAAGCGGGACACGGAAUCAGGUGUUCCUAACUUGACGGAUUCAAAUCUCAACCUUACCGAUACUAAUUUCCCCACUGAUUUGGACGGUCUGCCCCUGCGUAUCGACACAGUUACGGCCAAGCUGCAUCAGCGACACAGACAAGAGGCUCGUGCCAGCGCUGAGCACCAGUGCCGCAUCGAUCGCCUCGAGGCCGAAAUCGCCAAUCUUAAGGUGGAGAUGGCCCGUCUACGUGAGCUUACGACGAAGACCAAUGAAGUAGUCACUCGGAGUGCUGAUUAUGCUUACCAAUCCGCAUUUCCGCAAUCGACCCCUUCGCUAGUUGCAACCGCGCAGAAUGGUUACGCUAAUAGACCGAUGAAUCAGCCGUCAUCUAUUGCUGAGGCUCUCACUGAUGCAAUAGACAGUCAACAACCAAUAAACGGCUGUAAUAGUUGUGGCGACGUUUACGAGACAGUCCAUGGGGCACUUCUCGACACUCAGCCGGCAACAGACGACGGUCUACUGAACUGGAGCGAAGGCUUUGUUUCUACUGCGACUCUACCUAGGCGACACAAAUACGGCCCCAGUACCUCCUCAGAUGUUAGCUCGUUUGAUGUUGUUGAACGAUCAGCGGUGCCAUCUUGCUCCGGUAGUGGUGGUGAACCCGUUUGUGACGGAUUCGACUACACUGUUGGCUGUCUUAUUUCUCCCUCGUGCGGGUUUGUCGAAUUAUCUAUUCGUCGUAAUAACUCGUGUCCCAGAUGUACAGUUUGCCAUACAAUGUUGCGAUACGGCUGGACGUGUCCGGAGGCAUCACAGCGGUUAAGCACCUGUAAACCAUCCGAUUGUUCUUGCUUCCACAAACACUUGCUCGAUGUGAACGCACCACGUGAGAUACUCAUUCGAUCACCUGACACCGUUCUCGACGGAAUGUACAGAAGUCACACGCUGACAUCCACUAGCACUAGCAGCUCGUCUUCCUGUGUCGAGUCUAAUACCUGUCGACGAGUUGAUCGACGUUUCUCCUCAGGAUCAUCCUUAAACGCCUGCCGGAAUCGCUCCAGCGGCCACAGCCAAAACGGAACUGCCAAGGCUUGA